UUUUUUUUUAAAAAAUUUUAAACAAAAAUUUUUUUUUUUGAGGAAAACGAAAAAAAUAAAGUUGGUACUGCACUUGCCUACUAGUAGGCGCUUCUUUCGCCUACACACCUUUAUUUACUUUUUAUUUUUAUGUUUUUUACUUAUCCCCAAUUCCCAAUUUUACAGAAAGAAAACAUUGAAGAACCCUAACUUCUUACUGACUUCCUCUACCCUCACUCUCAUUCAAGGACCGGCGCUGCUCUCAAAUCGAUGUUGGCCGCUCUCCGACGACGGCCGACCGGUGUUCGCCUGCUUGCCUUUAGCCUUCUCAGAGUUCUCUCUCUUCGACGAAGCAAAACUCCAGUCUUCAGUUCUAUUGUUGAGACGGUGGCGAAAUUACGAAUGUCCGGCCUUUCUAUUAGCUGUAUUGGGGAGCGGGAGGGGAAGGAAUUGGAUGUCCGAUCACCAUUGGGGAGCAAGAUGGGAGCAAUUGGAUGUUCGGCCUUGGGUUGGGGAAGGGAAGGGGAGGAAGUGGAUAUUCGAAGGUGUAUUUCUGCCACCAGACCAUCAACGUUAAAAUGAGAUGUGAUGUAUCUGAAGAGAGAUGUAGUGAAGUGGAAAGCCUGGUGUUUGAUCUAUUUGCAAAUCUUGGUGCUACAGCAGAGGAACAGUUGGAUUUUCCUGUUCUUUAUGCUUCUGUAAAAGAAGGAUGGGCAUCAUUAGAGUACACCAAGAGCCCCGCUGAAGAAGCUAAGAAUAUGUUGGAUUUGCUUCAUAUCAAUAGUCAGACAUGUUACUCCACCAGCAGCGAAUCUUGAUGCUCCUUUCCAGAUGUUUUGUAUUUGAAUAUGCAUUACUAGAAACUUUCUUGGAUUGUGAUUUGGGGUGGCCUGCAAAUUUAGUCUUCUUUACUGAUGAGGUAAUACAUUGAUUACACGUAAUGAUCUAAGAUAUUUGUAACAUAAUUAAAUUAAUAUUUAUCUUUUCUUGAAUGUUAUGACUUUGUCAAAAAAGGCGGAGAAUGAGUUGGUGCAAACCAAAGAGAAAGCUAAUAGUUGCGGACCGAAUGUGCAUAUUAUGUAAUGAGAUGUAUAUGUAUGAGAUAGUACCUUUCAUAGCAAUUGCAAGGGAAAUUUGAAAGAGGUUAAUGAUUAAUUUACCUCUUCUUUGCAAGCUAAAAUGCUUUAUACGAGUUUUAGUUGAUGUUUUAUUUUUAUAAAGUAUUAUAGACAUGUAUUUUUUUUUAAUAUUUGCAAGAGUAUUUGGCAACACUUGUAUCCUACAACGAUAUAGAAAUAGAUGAGAUUUGAGAACAA